AAGCGGUAUAUUUUUAAAAGAAAUCAUGUGACCUCUUUACAAUCUUAUAUAAGAUAUACUAAAGCAUGGAGCAGCAAUACCGUCCCCUGUAUUCCCUCCUACGAGAUGGUCGCGUAACAUUUCCAUGCAUCGUGACAAAGCAGCAUGCGGGUGAGGCAGAGAAACAACUGCUUCUCAAGUCAAGGAGCACCAAACGGCUGAGGCUUGUGCGUGCAAGAGCCAUUCACCGCAGCAAUGAUGAUAAGCAAUCAACGUAUACUCAAAACGACUUUUUCUUUCCGCUGGAAUAUCACGGUCUAAUCGUUGAGAAAAGAAAGCAGUAUUCGUGCAUAACAGAGAUCAAGCAUGACAAAGUUAGGGAAAUAUAUCUGGAGGAUGAUGCCGAGCUACUGAACACAGACGGAGAUAUGUCUUAUUUCAUGCCGAAGACAACGGAAUUCAAACGCACCGAGUUUGUCCGGAAUCAGACAGACAUGGAAAUGUGGCUAACUGAUGAAAGCGAUAAUACUUAUGUUGUUAAGGAGAAAACUCCUCUUUUCUUCUCCUCGCUUGUUCCUGUUCAGCCGAUUUCAAUCAAAGAUUUUCUGGCAUCCUGUAAAUCACUUCCAGCAGACGUUUCGUUUGACGAAAUCGCUUUUAUUGACGUCGCUUCUCAUGACAAAUAUGAAGAGUUUCGGCGGCUUUUUUCAUGUGAGAUUAGAAUUAUUGGUAUAGAAGAGCGUGACGUCUUUGUUGCUUGGGAACAUCAGAGAAGGGAUAUUUUUUCAAUUUCUCUUAUCCCAGAUUCUCUUGCACAUCGCAUACUUGUGAAAGAAAUAAUUUUCGACACAUCAGAAGAAAAGGAAGAUCAUAUUGGCAAACAAUUUCAGAACUGCUAUUUCGAGAACGUAGUAUCUUCGAAGUUGUAUCUCGUCAACGUUGACGAUACAACCGAAUCAAGCAUAACCGUUACUGUUUUGCAAGACAAAGAUGACGAUAUGAAACAUCCCAUUGGUGAGCCAGAACGCAAAUCAGCUUUACCGGAAACGCGAGCUACCUCAAAUGGUUAUGCGAUUGGAUGUAUAGCCAGUGGCUCAUCAGAUACAGAGGAAAGCCCAGCGGAGUGCAAGGACUUGACCCGGCAAACGUAUAGAAACGAAAGUGAAACAAUUGACAACCUGCAGCACACGUAUGCAACUGUUUCUCGGAAAAACGUUGAUACAUUAAAACAAAGCUUGCCUCACAGAGGAAAUCCUUUGUACGGUGAAAAAGAAACAUUCGAGCUAGAAUCUCCUUACGUGAAUAUCACGGUGAGCAAACCAAUCAAAUCUGUCGUUUCAACUGAUUGUUCGGCGUAUGAAACAUACAGUAUACCACCAAAGCGCUGCUCAGAAGAAACGCUUGAGUAUGAAAACUGUUAAAGCUUUGUUUCACGUCAACAAUUGUCAUCACGAAUUAUAUGUAAAUAUAUACCUAUGCCGUAUGUUAUAUUUGCUUGACAUUUAAUGUAUUCAUAUGUGUAUCUCAUAAUAACACUUAUUCUGAUUUUCGCGUACAUUACUAUAUAUAAUAAUUUGGUUUCUGAAAUGUACUGCUUGUUGAACAAUGAUCAUAUGAAGUGUAAUUAUAAAUGAUAUAUUCAGUUUCAUUAUACAGUGCGAUGCAUUGCGCUGACCGUGUUUUGUGAUAGAUGUUGAUGAUAACGUAGUUUGCAAUCAGAGCUGGUGAAUAA